UUUUGAGUUUGGAAGUUAGAAGCGUUGAGUCCCUUUCGUCUUCGUCUGCAGCUGCUGAGCGGUCUCCAUCUUCUUCCAUUUGGAUCAGUCCACGAAACCCACCAACAAAAUCCUCAGCUUCCAAUUCCAUUCCGAACUUCUUCGAUUACCCACUUCCCGAUUUUUAUUAAAUAGAUUUGGAAAAGGAAGCUGAGGCAGAAGUAGACAGUGCUGUGGAGAUGGAUGUAGGUACUUUGGGAGGUCUGGUUCCGGAACCUUAUGUGGGUAUGGAAUUUGAUUCCGAAGAUGCUGCCAGGAAAUUCUAUACUGACUAUGCCAGACAGGUCGGGUUUGUUGUCCGUGUUAUGCAGCGUCGUCGAUCAGGAAUUGAUGGGAGAACUCUUGCCCGUCGGCUUGGGUGUAACAAACAAGGGUUUUCUCCUAACCAGCCGGGAAAAUUUGGACCUGAGAAAAAGCCUAGACCUAGUGCACGAGAAGGUUGUAAGGCAACAAUCUUGGUGAAGAUGGAAAAAUCUGGAAAAUGGGUUGUUACAAGAUUUGUAAAGGAUCAUAAUCAUCCUCUGGUCGUUACUGCCAAUGGUUUUAGCACAGAGGGUGAUAAGGAUCGGAAAAUUGAGGAACUUACACUGGAGUUGGAGCAUCAGGAUCAACGAUGUGCAGCUUAUCGAGAAAAAUUACUAAGCUUCAUGCACAAUGUUGAGGCGGAAACAGAAGAACUGUCUGGAAAGAUACAAGUUAUUGUCGAAAAUGUGAGAAAAGUUGAAUCUGAAAUGCAAAAACAUUCCUUUCGUAGAUAGCAUUGGAGAUUAAAACUAGGAUUUUCAGUGAAUUACUCACCAUUCAGCUCCAUCAUCCAAUAAUGUACAGUGUUAAUUACAAUUAAUUUCUUCCAUCACAAAUAGAGAAGUUCUUUUAUUCUACGGUUCAA